AUGAAAGAUCUUUGUGCUAAAUUGUUUUGUACAGAUCUACAACAAUUUAUAAUAGUUGAAGAUUAUGGUUUUGAACAUCUGCCAAGUAUGUUUAUCAAGAUAGGUGCUGAAUAUGGUCUUAUAGAUGUUAAAGAACUAUUACCAAGCCGACAGACAGUUGUUCGUGCUGUUAAUGAUUUAGCUACUAAAUUUCGUGUUGAUUUAAAAAAUGAGUUAUCUGAAUCUUUAUGUGCAAAAGCAGUUACAAUUGUAUCUGAUUUUUGA